GGCCCCCUACUCGACCAAUCGGUCCACCAUCUAGAAUCCCGAUUCCUCACUGCAAUUGCAUUGCAUCGGAGACGCUCUCUGGCGCUCGUUGAAUCUCCGCAGGCUCAGUCGCUCCUUUAUCCUAUCAACAGUCGGCGGUCUUCAGGAGACGCCUCCUUUAGUCACAAUGGGUGGUCAAGUGUCCAAGAUUAUGGGGAAGAUCUUCGGUACGAAGGAGAUGCGGAUUUUGAUGCUGGGUUUGGAUGCUGCUGGAAAGACCACAAUUCUCUACAAAUUGAAGCUCACCAAUCAGGACGUCACCACUAUCCCUACCGUCGGUUUUAACGUUGAAAGCGUCACCUACAAGAAUGUCAAGUUCAAUGUUUGGGAUGUUGGUGGACAGGACAAGAUCAGACCCCUCUGGAGACACUACUACUCUGGUACACAAGGAUUGAUUUUCGUCGUGGACUCCAGCGACACUGCUCGUUUGGAGGAAGCUCGCUCCGAACUUCACAAGAUUAUCAACGAUCGCGAAAUGAAGGAUGCUCUUCUGCUGGUCUUUGCCAACAAGCAGGAUGUUCAAGGCCACAUGAGCCCCGAGGAAGUUACUCAAGCGCUACAGCUCACCAAGUUGAAGGAUAAGCUGUGGUACGUUGCUCCAAGUGUCGCAACGGAGGGAACUGGUAUCUUUGAGGGCCUGGCAUGGCUCUCCAACAACGUCAAGACGCAACCUCAGAAAUAAAACAGCCGCCGGCCACGACCUGAGCCGCAAAACUUGGAGGCCAUCUGCACGGCCU